CUACCUACUUGUUGACUGUUGUUGGUAUUUUCAUAUUAUCUUCAAUAAUGCAACAAUAGAAGCAUUUCGAAUUUAAAGGAACUAAAAUCAAAAUAGUGUAAAAUAACUCUAUAUACAUAUAAAGAAAGACAUAUUAAAUAUCGGUCAAAUACAUUGAUUAGCAAAAGUUUGCAAGUCUCCUACAAAAUAAUUAUUAAUUAAUCUGCUAAGAUGAUGCCUGCAAGAAUUGGUCAUCUUCCUAUUGCUGCUGAAAAUCCUCUGGGACUAUCAUGGCAUGAUUCGGCGUGGAUUCCAUCACUUAAUCCGUCUAAUAUUAUGGAUUAUUUUUCUGAAAGAUCAAACCCCUUUUUUGACCGGACAUGUAACAAUGAAGUGGUAAAAAUGCAACGUCUUAGCAUGGAUCAACUGCAAAACAUGACAGGCCUAGAAUAUAUUUUACUCCAUGUUCAAGAACCAAUCUUGUAUGUUAUCCGAAAGCAACACAGGCACAGUCCCUUACAGACAAUACCUUUAGCAGAUUAUUAUAUUAUUGCUGGCAUUGUUUAUCAAGCACCAGACCUUGCUAGUGUCCUAAAUUCAAGAUUGCUGUCUGCAGUUCAUCAUUUACAAUGCUCAUUUGAGGAAACAAUGUCCUAUUCCAAAUAUCAUCCCAGUAAAGGAUAUUGGUGGGAUUUCAAGGCUAACAAACCAGGUGUAAGUCCAUUCAACGCUGGACAGUCUGCUCCAAAGGAAGUAUCGAGUACUCCAAAGGAGGAACCUUCUACAUUAUUCCAAAGACAAAGAGUAGACAUGCUGCUUGCUGAAUUAGUCAGGCAGUUCCCCCUCCCUGUCAUUCCUGCAGCAUCGAGUCAGACAAAUGGUGUUACAGUGAAAACUGAAAAUACAAAUGAUAAAGGUGAUAAAUCAAGUGACGGAGGCAAUUUAAACAAUAUAACCAUAAAACAAGAACCAAUGGACACAAUGCAUUCAGAAAUGACAAAUGGAAAUAUGCAAGGACAUAUGGAAAUAAAACAAGAGAUCAAGCAAGAAAACAUGAAACCACCUCCAGAGAAAAAGCCAAGAAGUUUAGUUUAAAAUUUAUUUAUAUUAAAUAGAAUUAAAUACUUUAUAAGAUUAAAGUGUAUAAACG